UUGGCCCUCCGCGGCUUCCGUGCAGAUACUGGUCUGGAAGAAGGCCUCAGGUCUGGAGUCUGGGAAUCUGCCUCCAGAACCUACCUAGUGAUGGAGUUCGACUGCGAAGGCGUGAGGCGGCUGCUCGGCAAGUACAAGUUUAGGGAUCUAACUGUAGAAGAACUGAAGAAUGUAAAUACAUUUUUCCCACAUUUCAGAUACUCCAUGGACACCUAUGUUUUUAAAGAUAGUUCUCAGAAAGACCUACUGAAUUUUACUGGCACUAUUCCUGUGAUGUAUCAAGGUAAUACAUAUAACAUACCAAUUCGUUUCUGGAUUUUGGAUUCUCACCCUUUUGCUCCCCCCAUUUGUUUCUUGAAGCCAACUGCAAAUAUGGGAAUCUCAGUUGGAAAACAUGUGGAUGCUCAAGGCAGAAUAUACUUGCCCUACCUCCAAAACUGGAACCAUCCUAAAUCUGUCAUUGUUGGAUUAAUUAAAGAAAUGAUCACCAAGUUUCAAGAAGAACUGCCCCUGUAUUCUGUAUCAUCAUCUGAUGAAGCACGGCAGGUGGACUUGCUAGCCUAUAUUGCAAAAAUCACUGAAGGUGUCUCAGACAUAAAUUCAAAGAGUUGGACAAAUGAGAAGACAGUCAAUAAGAUUACCGUGGUUGGAGGUGGAGAGUUGGGUAUUGCCUGCACAUUAGCUAUCUCAGCAAAGGGCAUUGCAGACAGGUUGGUCCUCUUAGACCUUUCUGAAGGAACUAAAGGUGGGACAAUGGACCUUGACAUCUUCAACCUGCCCCACGUGGAGAUCAGCAAAGAUUUGUCUGCCUCUGCUCAUUCCAAGGUGGUAAUCUUCACUGUCAAUUCUCUGGGUAAUUCUGAGUCCUACCUUGAUGUGGUGCAGAGCAAUGUGGAUAUGUUCAGAACCCUGGUCCCAACUCUUGGACAUUAUAGUCAGAAUGGUGUCCUGCUUGUUGCAUCUCAACCAGUGGAAAUCAUGACCUAUGUGACAUGGAAACUGAGUGCAUUUCCUGCAAAUCAAGUGAUUGGAACUGGAUGCAAUCUGGAUUCACAGAGAUUACAAUACAUUAUUACAAAUGUUUUAAAGGCACAGUCUUCAGGCAAGGAUAUAUGGGUCAUUGGAGAGCAGGGAGAAGACAAAGUGCCCACAUGGGGUGGCCAAGAGGAAGGAAUGAGUCAUAGCUCUCAAGCACAGAUGUCUAACAGAGCAAUGGAACUAUUAAGGGUAAAAGGUCAAAGAUCCUGGUCUGUUGGACUGUCAGUGGCCGACCUGGUUGACAGCAUUGUGAACAAUAAAAAGAAAGUACACUCUGUGUCAGUUUUCGCAAAGGGAUAUUACGAUAUACAUAGUGAAGUGUUUUUAAGUCUGCCUUGCAUCCUUGGAGCCACUGGCGUAUCUGAAGUGAUCAGAAACACAGUGAAAGAAGACACAGUAGCUGAGAAACUGCAAAGCAGUGCAUCCACAAUCCAUGGUCUCCAACAACAGUUAAAACUUUGAUUCUCAAGUAUAGUUACCUAAGGAAGAAAGGUCAUUUAAUUUUGCCAGCACAGAUAAGUUUGAGAAAUUCUGUAUCUUUACUUAUCCUUGCUUGGUUAAAAUAGACGGUUUCUUGGUAGCUUUCUAAUUUGAGUCUUUAAAAAGUUCAAGUUAAAAAUCUAAUUUCC